GCAAAGCUCCCAACACAGCCCAGGCUCGGGAGCCGACAAAGCUCCAGCCCCAGCCCCUCAGCCCCAGCCCGGGAGCAAGCAGCCACCGGGGAGACUGCAAAAGAGAGGGGGAAGAAGAGAAAGGAAUUAAACAACGUGGUUCGAGCUAAACAAAAGAAUUUGUGGGUUAGAGGGCGGAGGGUGGCGAGCAGCUAGGAGAGAACUUUCUGGAUAUCCCUGCAUGUGUAUAAACUCAGCCCUGGCCUUUGAUGUUCUGCAACUGAUCAGCGAUCAGAUUACUGGCAUUUCAUCCCCCUGCUCGUCUGCCUUUGAUCUGCACGGUUAAUUUUAUUUUCCUGGAUUUGAAGUCUCGUCUGGGCUUGUGCUGACAUACGUUUUGGAGGAAGGUAGCAGCGUUUGGCACAGGAGUGCUGGCAGGGAGAAACGAAGUUGCCGAAAGGAAUCUUCAACCAUAAAGACAUUUUAUAAGAGUGAUGGCUUUAAAUGUGCUGCUAGGACAAGAGAAAACAUUUUUCAUCAUUGUCGUUCUGCUAACUUAUUUGGCAUGUCAAGGGAUCUGUGAAACAGGAGACUGUAGACAGCAAGAAUUCAGAGAUCGUUCUGGAAAUUGUGUCCUCUGCAAGCAAUGUGGACCAGGCAUGGAAUUGUCUAAGGAAUGUGGCUUUGGCUACGGGGAGGAUGCUCAAUGCGUGACAUGCCGGCCACACAGGUUCAAGGAGGACUGGGGCUUCCAGAAAUGCAAACCCUGCCUGGACUGUGCGCUGGUCAGCCGCUUCCAGAAGGCCAACUGCUCCGCCACCAGCGACGCUGUCUGCGGGGACUGCCUGCCGGGAUUCUACAGGAAGACAAAACUAGUGGGCUUUCAAGACCUGGAGUGUGUGCCCUGUGGAGACCCUCCCCCACCCUACGAGCCUCACUGUACCAGCAAGGUCAACCUCGUGAAGAUCCCAUCCACAGCCUCCAGCCCCCGGGAUACAGCUCUGGCCGCCGUGAUCUGCAGCGCCUUGGCCACUGUCCUCCUAGCACUGCUCAUUCUCUGCAUUAUCUACUGUAAGAGGCAAUUCAUGGAGAAGAAGCCCAGCUGGUCUCUGAGAUCCCAGGACAUGCAGUACAAUGGCUCGGAGCUGUCGUGUUUUGAGAGUCCUCAGCUUAAUGGAUCUCCCUCUAGAGCAUGUUGUCAGUGCCACCGGGAGACAGCCCGGACCUGUGGGCCAGUCCACUUGAUCCCCCCCUUGUGCUGUGAAGAGGCGUGCAGCAUUGAGCAGCUGACUCGGGGCUGCAGAGCACAUUCCAAGACGGCUCUUCAGGACAGGAGUGCUGGUCCCCUGGGGGAUAUGAUGCCCGCCUUCUUCGGUUCCCUGUCGCGGUCCAUCUGUGGUGAGUUUUCAGAUGCUUGGCCUCUAAUGCAAAAUCCCAUUUGUGGGGAUGCCAUCUCCUGCUGUGACUCUUAUCCUGACCUCACCGGAGAAGAUACUAAUUCUCUCAGUCCAGAGAAUGAAAGUGCAGCAUCCAUGGAUUUACUCGGCAAUCAUCAGGAUCUGGCCACUGCUGCUGUUCCAGUGCAAGCUCAUUCUGGAGCUCUUAGAGAAACUGCUUGUGUAUCGAGACAUAAUGGCUCACAUGAACCCAUGCAAUCCUGGGACACUCUAAUUGCUAGAAGCCAACUGGAGCCAGAGAGAGGGGGUGGCAUUAACCCAAGCACCCAAAUGUCUGUCCAGGAAGCUUAAAGGAUUGGCUUCUUUCCGCAGUCAAAGUGUAUACACAUCCAAGAGCCACGAAUGCUUCUGAUCCUCCAUGUAGGCUCAUAGACUGAGCAGAGUCUGGACCCUGGUGUCUUCUGGGAGGAGAACUCAGUCUGAAACAAACUGAUGGCAUUUUAAGCCUUUCGCCCAGUUGCUUCUGAGCCAGACCAGCUGUAAGCUGAAACCUCAAGCUAAAACCAGGAGACCGGGCACUCGUGCAACUUUUCAUCUUCCUGAACAGGAAGCAUCUAUGCUGUAAGCCUGACUUCAAAGGCUGACAUGAGAGGGCUGCCUGAGAGCUGACGGGCACCUAACAGGAACCAGAAGAGCGCCCAUGUGUGUUUUCAUGGUGAAGGUGGCUCUGCGGGGCUGAAGAAUCCGAAUAUACAUUUGUGUUCACAACUUCUUCCCAGAAAUAGUUUCCUCGAGUUGAUUCUCCUGCUACAAGUCAAAGCCAGAUUAGUUACCUUAGUUUAUAUGGAGAAGGAAUUUUUUUAAAUGAGUGUUUCUGUUUGAUGAAGGUCACUUUAUCAUUAUUAAACUAAUGAACUUCAAAGGGUAGGACUGACCUCAGACUGUGUGUAAGCCUUUAGUUUAUUUGAUGAAGUUAACUGAGAAUCAAAGGGGAAUGGCUUCAGAACUUCCAGACUUAGCGCUUGCCGUAUAGCACCUGUGAAGGCCUCAGAGCCCAUGACUGGGAAAGAGCUGCCCAUAGGUUCCUGUGCAUAUCCCAGAGACUGGCAGAAAGGAUUAGCAUAUUUAUGAGUAUUCAGUUGAUAGAGGAAUGUUUGUAUUUAAUCCAUUUUACUGAACUUAAAAGAUCUGGUAUGUUUCUUACAGAAGAACAGAAUUUAUAAAAAUGAUUUUUCAUUUGUAUUGUGUAUGAUAGCGGGGGCUUUGGGAAUAAUAUAAUCAGGUUCUCCUUCUAUUGAAAUAUAACACCAGGUAAGUGAUCUUGUGAAACUACAGUAGAUAUUAGGACCCAAAGGGAAAGCACAGUUUGUAGGUGCCAUUUCAGUGGACCAUCUGCACCUGCUCUGAUGUAGUUUCAUUAGGUGUUCUCACAAUCUCUUACCACAUUGGUGUUUACACACAAGAAUUAUCUCUAGAGCUAAGACAGAAUUGAACCCAGUUCAGUCAUGGAACAAGGGAUGACUUCAGUGCUCCAGAUUUUUAUGUUCUGGAGGAAAAUUAAUUGAGCAAGACUCAUGUUUUUCCUACUUGAUCCUAUGAACAGAUGUGGUCUUUGUCUUUUACCUAAUUACUAUUAGCUCUGUCCCAUUUGUACUUAAAAAAUCUUCUCUGAACCUCACUGUCAGAGUACUCUAAAAUAUCAAAAUAUCAAAUUUUAGAAUUGCCCAGUUCAAGUCAGUUACCUUUUAAAUAAUACUUAAUAUUUAAAAUGCCUAUCUCCUCACUGGUUUCUCCUUGAUUUUCUCCCUUUGCAAGAAGAUAUCAGUAACAUCUAACAAAGUCUAGUUCCUUGGAACUGGGAUUACUUCUAUCCAUAGUUUUAGAGUCUGAAAAGUAUAGAUUAGCUUGUCUGAUACAUCUCAUCACCUCAAUUCAUUUCAUCAAUGAAGGAAAUUAGUGCCUCAGAGUUAUCUACAAUUUUCACAUCUACAAAGUCAAAAUUGAUUAUGCUUUUAUUUCUUUUCCCCAUAUUAGCCUAAAUCAGUGGUUCUUAAGCUUUGUUGCUCACCAACUCUUGUGAGAAUUCCCUUUGUGAAACACUUGUGAAAUAUUUAGGAUUUGACUACAGAUGUCUGUGAAAUUGCAAGAAGAGCUUCCCGGAGUGGCUUUACUGUAAUUGCUGUUGUUUGCAAUCUGAUUACUUUUAUUUUGACAGGGGUGAGGGUUAUGCUCAUUUUGUAACAUGAAUAUGUUUUCCAUAUGUACAACUCUCAUUAACUUCAAAGACAAAGACUUGCUGGAGAAAGCCUAGGUUAAUGGGCAGUGAAACUUUGGCCAAAAAUCCUGAGAUAUUAUUUUUUAGCAGUGGAGGAAGAUGUAGGGCUGAAAUUUGGUCUCAUUUGGUACUGUAUUUGAAACUUUCUGGGUUAUUUUGAUCUAGAUGAAGACCAUCACCAUUUUACAAUCACCUAUUACAUACUACAGUGUUCUAUCUAUUCUACACUCUCUGUUAACAAUGGAGAAAAAUAUCCAAUAUGUAUUUCUCAUGGUUGAAAUAUUGUACCCACACUCAGAUGCACUCAGCUCUGAGAUGCUUAUGCCAUAGAAUCACCAUCAGGUAAAAAUGUGGCUGGAACUAACAAUUCAUUGUAACUUUUAGUGCUGCAGAAACUCAACAAGAGACAGGGGUUUGGAGAGCGACUGUGUAAAGCAUAGAUGUUCUAACUUUUGUGUGUAUGGAGUAUAUUUUUACAAAUAUAGAUUUUUCUACUUUAAAGCACUAGUAUUAUUGUCAUUUGGACUAAGCCUGAUUGUCUGUGCUAGUGAAAAAAAAAAGAAAAAAUCGAUCAUUGCUUUAAGUAGUCGGCUUGAGUCCAUUUAGAUUUUGUCAUAUUGCUUUGCAUACUGGAAUUUAUAAAUUUGUAAAAUUGUGCUUUCUUAUACAUAUAGUUUUGUAAUAUCUUUUUUUAAAUUUGUGAAUAAAAUUGUUACAUGAUAUUCUUA